CCGUCGACUUUGGUGCCGUGCCAUUUGCUUUGGGUCACCUCCUCUGAUCCUCCUGUCUCCGGCUCUGCCCCUCCGCCUCCGCUAGGGUUUUGGAUCGCGGGAGGCGAGCGGGGAGCUGCGCGCGAUGGCGCUCACCAACUUCAUCCUCACGGUGGUGGGGGUGGGAGCGGCGGUGAUGCUGCUGCGGAAAGACGUCAAGCAGUCGGCCACCAUCUUCCGCCGCAACGUGCGCCACAUCCGCAACUGGCUCGAGGAGGAGUCCGCCGCCGCCGCCAAAUCUACUGAGCGAUCUUCAGUAAAGGAAUUGGAGUCGCAAGCUGCCAAGAAAGAUGCUGCACCCAAGGAGGACAAGCAUUAGAUGAUCUUACACUCUUUUACGUAUAAUGCAGCUGCCAGUGUGAGUCCCAUGAUUUUGAACAAUGCAGCUGCCAGUGUGAGUCCCAUGAUUUUGAACUAGUCAUUGUAAAAAGAAUGUUCUUUAGGUUUUUUAUUCUCGACAACUAUUUUACUCAAUAAUGGAGGAUACGUGAGGUUUGGGAUUCUGAAAUGGUAUUGCAAAAAAAAGGGGACCUUUAGUAUCAAUGAGAUGUCUACUAAAUGAUGGUGGAUACCUUACACCCUGUCUAUUUGCGAUUCUGUAGUUGAGAUUAAUGAUUAAUCCAAUCCAAUCCUUGCAAAUGAAAAGGUGGAUUUGUGUACUAUCCUCACUCUUUAUUAAUUUGACAACCCAUUAUACAUGUAA